AUGGAGUGGUACCCACGCGCGAUGAAACGAACGCUGGGGAGGCCCCCAGCACGAUGGCGAGAUCCAAUCGUGCGCCUUUAUGGUGUCACCUGGUCUCGUACCAGCACGAUGGCGAGAUCCAAUCGUGUGCCUUUAUGGUGUCACCUGGUCUCGUCAGGCUCAGGAUCGAUCAAAAUGGAGAAGUUGCCAGCUGCAUCGAUGGCGUGA